GUCUACCAGCAAAUGAUGAAAACGGAUGCCUUUACCUGCGACAGGUGACACUGGACGGCAGAUAUUAGACCAGCUGGUAUCUCCACAUAAACCGAGAUGAGUACCUUUAUUUCCAGGGAGCCACAGGUGAAGCUGAUGGAGUCCACAGUGAGUCAGGCCGAGGUGCACCUGGGCCAGCUGUGCAUGCUGCUGGCUGCGUACACCCGGCGCACGGCCAAGCUGCGGGACAAGGCAGACGAGCUUGUGCACCAGCUCAACGAUUUUGCCAACACUGAGGACCCGGAGCUGCGGACCAGCCUGCGCAUCCUGGCUGAGGACCUGGCCAUGCUCCAGGACUACAGGCAAGCCCAGGUAGAGAGACUGGAGACCAGAGUUGUGACUCCGCUGAAAGCAUAUGGUGACAUUGUGAAAAACAAACGCGCUGAUCUGAAGAAAUUCACCAAUGAUCGCAACCGGGAACUGAAAGAAAUACAGAGGCUGGAAAGAAUUCGGAUUAAAAAUCCAUCUGACAGACAGGGUAUCUCCCAGGCUGAGGCCAGCGCACAGAUAGCAUCAACCAACAUGCUUCGGAGCACCCGGCAGCUGGAAGAAACCAUAAACAACUUCCAGAUGCAGAAGCUGCAGGACAUCAAGAGGAUCUUCACAGAUUUCAUCACCAUUGAAAUGCUGUUCCACACAAAAUCGCUGGAAGUUUACUCAAGCACUUUCCAGAGUCUGAACGACAUGGACAUUGACAAAGACUUAGAGAGGUUUAGGUCAAGGAUCCAGGUGCAUGAUGGGCUGUUGGACAAUAAAAUUCUCCAGAGUUCCAUUCCUCUGUCUUCCACAAUGCCUCGCUAUCCCAGCCCAACUCCUUCGACUUUAAAACAACUGUCAGAUUAUCCCAGAAGGCAGCAUCAUGAAAGUACACUGCAACGGCAGGAGGAAAUGGAGGAGGAAGAUGAAGAAGAACAGGAGGAAGAAGAAGGGAAAAAAAGAGAGUCGUACGCUGUCAAGUACACCAGAAUGAAACGACAACAAUACGGUGGCUUAUGAGGCCCCUAUGGUCUCCAUGACAACACUUCCAAUGUAAAUCUUCUUCACAAUGCAAUAUAAAUUAGUCAAAAGACACUGUGGCUUAAUAUUUCACACAAUGAUUUCACAUUAGUGACCAAAUAAUUUUAUAUAAAAUAUGUGGAAUUAAGUAGUUACAAACUGUCACGACUAUCAAGCAUUAUACUGCAUUAUAAAUAAUCUUUACAGAACUUAUUGAAGAUAUUAACACCUGUUUUAAUGUUAUUUCUGUAAAGCUGUGGGUUGCACAUAGCAUCCUCAUCUUUGGAAGUUUAAAAAUCACUUUAAAAAUAAAGAU